AUGGAAUCCCUCAUAGCAGACCGGUACUUGGGUACACACCCAGAACCCGAAUCCGUUCGUCCAGUUGAAAAGUCCAUGGCUUCUUUACAUCAGCCUGAAAUGGACACACUACCAGUUCUCGCGAGUGAUAUAAUCCCAGCCCAUCUCAACAGAGUCCCACUCCUGGUCCGUUACAUUCAGCAUCAGCGUCACCGCCGGAUACUUCCACAAAGCCUAGCACUUCUCGCAGCAACGCAUUUCCACAAUAUCGCGAACCUUCUCCAACGUCGCGUAUCUUCGCCAUCGCCACCGGCACCGAAGCGUCCUCGCAACUGUUUUCGAACCAAUCCUCCAAAAUAUCCAUCCCCAUUCCACCUAUUCUCCACGAUAUGUCGAGACCCCUGAAGACUACAGCGACGAGUUUUCGCAUCUUCAUCCGUGGGCCAACUACGUCGCAGUGCUUCCGGAAUGGCCAGCUCUUACGGAGGACACGAUUACCGGCCUCUUGCCUCUUCACGUGUAUCGACAAAUACCGCGCAAUGGAUACUUCGGAGGAUCCUUCUCUCGAUCACUGUUUCCCCGUCGAUUUGUGGGCUCGCCGUCUCCAUCGAACCCCGUACCUAAUUUCGAAACUCCGACUGAAAGACAUCGUUGCCUUUAGGUAGCACGCCGACCGCAUGAUGGCCGAUCUUCUCGAUUAGCGCUGUCAGGACAAGGCCGCAGAUGUCGCACAACUACCACAAACUCCACGAGGCGUCCCCGAACCCCCGAACCCUGUCCCUUCGACCUACACUCGAAGGAGGUAUUCGUCCAGUUCUGUAUCAAGUAAUAAACCGUUACUACGGAAAUGGGGUGAUCCUUGAAGCAAAGGAUUUUUAUACCGGGCCUGGAUCACCGAGAACUCCACUGCCUACCGCUCACGCAGGAUUUGGUUAAUUUCUUAACUCACACCCUUUGCCUCGACAGAACGGAAAUCUCGUUAAAAGACUUCAUUUGGGUGACUUCGCUCCGUCCUUCCACCCACACGCCGGAACAGGAAGAUCGCGAGACGGGACUACGUCGCGCCCGAAACCCUCGACCAUCCGCCAGGGACACGACCCCCAUUUUUCUUUCACGUUCAUGGGUUUAUCCUGGUUACGCCGACGCCGCUCGACGCAACGCCCUCGGGAUGGUUCUAUCCGUUAAACGACGCGGAAUCACACAAGCUGUCAAUCAUUUCUAUGCAGCCUUUGCGAGAAGUCUUGAGGCGGUGCGGCUUACACAGAACGUCAGCUCGUUUCCGAAAACACGCGUAGAAAGAGAGGAUCUUUUCAUUGCCGAGACUCGGACCAACGUUUCCUGUGCAAUGCGGUUUUCCCACCCCCGAUUUCGGUAGAGACCCAGCGCAUUUUGACGGAAGCAACUCGACGCUCCCUCUCGGCGCACCCGGUGAGGCUCUUCUUCCGCUCCACGUAUGGCAGCUUAGUCAACAGCACCGUGACUGGGUCGAUGAUCAUCUAGCCGCUUUCACAAGUUACCACUCCAACCUAACCAAGCACGUCGACGCAUUGGGAAACUGUUCGCAGUCGCUAGUGCAGUGCUGGCAUCGCAAGCAUUAUUUACAGACGACAAACUCACCCACGGAAUCACUGCGUUCGUACCGAAUACCAACUCGUUCUCCACUCGUCUUCACAUCGAAACGCGACCGAUGUCUACCGACGAAGGAUGGAUUAAGUCUCGAGGAGUCGACGUUUAGGUUGUGAAUUUACCACCAGGACCCGUGCUCAAAUUGCGGAUGUCCAGCACGACUUCAACACCAGAGUACUAUUGGCGGAACUACACGCGGACAUACGAUCUCAGCAGAGCUUACGGAACGCAAUACUCCGAUACGGAUGGCGCAACAGGCGCGACAAGACAGCAGCGGUGCGCAUCUGUGUUCGCCUCACAAGACGGCAGACUGGGACUGAUCCGAUUUUUGAAGCUUUGGGUGGAGAGAACCUCUUCACAUCUCUCAACCCGACAUCUCGCAACCUCGCAAUUAUUGUUCUGGACUUAGUAUAUGGAAGGCCUCGCGACCCGCGACCCAUCCCUUCCCCACCACAACGCAAUAUCUCCGUGGUAACCGCAUCCCGUCAAAUACACCUCUGCAAAGACCAAGUCCGUGCGGUCUCGAUGGGAGAGGGACGAUUUCCCCUGCCGGCGAUACAAGCGGCAUUGGGGACCGAAAAGACCUUAGUUGGCGCUCUGAUCGCGGCGCGCCACGCUACACCUGGUGAACUGAUUAUCGCCAGCGCGACUACGAAAGUCGCUGUAGUGCAAUUCACGUAAACACUACUGAGUUUGGAUGAAUAUCGUUACUUGUCAAUCCUACGCUUCGUAGCCGAUAAAUCACGUCAGGACGGAGCCCCAGAGACACCAGUUGACCUCCAUACAGUGCUUUUAGGGCUAGCAGCCAAUUACCCUGACUCUUUAUCGUAUCACGACUUCAAACAUCUACGGCGAUAUGAGCGCAGACGUCGAGUGAUUGAAACAUUGCUAUUCCAGCCCGAACGGACUGUUGAUCUUUUGUACGAGGACCGAGAAGAGUACAAAAUAGCGGAAAUGCGGAACUCCGACGCCACCGGGCGAGCCGUACGGAUCAUGCUGCACUUGCACUUUCCAUCUACAUUAUGCAUGACUACUGCUUCGCUAAUGAACUCUACUAAACCCGGAGGACUUUUCCACGACCUUCUGUCCUGUUGCCGAACCAUCAUAGCGGAUGAAGCGUCCCAAAUACCUGAGCCCGUCUCCGUAUCACGUUUUCUGCGCAAAGUAGUGGAAUAUCAUUCUCACAUCAAAGGCACAGUUCACGAUAAAAAUGGACUCUGAGAUCCCACUACAGAAUGAAUUUGGGACCCCGUGUAUACCAUGUCUGACACUAUUUAGGUCCAAAAACGGCCUAGUUAGGGAGUUAUAAAGGCUCGGACGAGUUUUACCGGCAUUGUAGAGGCUGCACCGACCAUAAGGAAAUCCAUAUAGGAAGUUCAAACAACUUGUCAUGACCCAUAGUGAGAGUGAAAAGCAGUUCUCUUCAGUUCUGGCUUGAUGUAGUAAGCUCUUUGUGCAAUUCCAAUAACUGAUAUCUCGUCUGAAUACCCUUCCAUGUUAUUUCCGUCAUGGAAGUCUCGUCAACCUCUGUUUUCUCUUUUGAGGAGCCUUAUUUUUCUUGGAAUAGGCAAAUUUUCUCGCUUUCUUCACUACCGAUGAACUCCUCCCAAUCUAUACUCCGCUUUUCGAAUAAAAACGGGUAACUCAAAAUUUUUAUGAACAGUGCCUUUAAAGCCUUUGUACAAUUGAAAAUUUAAUACGAUUGAAGAUCUUCUGAGUGCGCAUUUUAAGAUGAAAAUAAAGGACUGCUCAAAACAGCUGCUACGCCGCUUCCGAACGAAUCUCUGUGGCGAAUUCCAGACGAAAAAAUACUCACAGAGGAAGAGGUGGUUAAUAAUCGGAACGACAGAAUGCACGCGAGUCGAAACAAAGAAAGUGAUGCAGGGCAAAGCUCACCCAUUUCCUAUGAAGGUCUAUGCGUGCCCCACCACCUACGCGGAAACACCAAAAUAUUUUUGUAUAUCAAGUAGUUACAGUUGA